GAUUAAUACAGCCUAAGGAUAGCAGGCUACUGCUGAACCAGGGCCAUCACAUCACUAGCUGCUGGUGAAAAUGGAUCUUUGUGAUGUCACUGCUGCUAUAGAAACCGAGAGGCAACACAGUGAACAUUAUAUCUGGCAUCAAAAGACCAUGGGACGUUGAGAGAGGAGGCAACAUCGAGUCUGGCAGCUCAACAUCACUGCAGCUCAACUGAGGGAAGAACACUUUAUGGAGAGAUGUCCAACCAAAAGGGCUGCAAACAAGGAGAAAAAUCUUCAGAUAAGCAAAUGCAUCAGCAAGUCAAAAACUCCAGGCAAGAUGAAUAUGGUACUUCUGUCAACAAAGAGCUAAUGGUUUAUGCAAACAAGGUUGCUUCAGACAUGGUGUUCUCAUUCUUGAAGACCAUGAAAGUUGAAAAGAAGGGCAACAAGCAUGCUCCAGCUUGCCUGGUUUUGAAGACAACAGCUCUCAAACACACCAGAGAUGUUAUAUCAGACUUGAUAGACUCAAUAAUGAAAAAUCUGCAUAGUGUUACAGGUGAGCUCAUGACAGACUCUGGCUUCGUUGCUACUGUGAAGAAAAAUCUAUUCAGUGUAGCGAAUCAGAAGUCUACUGAAAUUCUGGAAGCAAUGGUUAAACGCCUUUUUCAAGCCCUAGCAGGAGAAGAUAAGGGACAAUCCAGGUCUCAAAGUCUAGCAUUUACAUCACUUAAAACAGGGUCCCAGGACCCAAAAUCUCAAGCCAUGCAGUUCACAGCAAUGCAAAGUGCAAUGCACAACUCUGGAAAAGACAAGGAAAAAGGAGGAAACAAAUCUCAAUCGUCUUCAUGCAAGCCUUCAGAAAAGCACUGCUCAAUGGAUAAGUAUGCAAAAGACCUCAUUGUGACUGCCUUAAUGUUGAUACAGCAACAUCUACUGCAACAGACAAACAAUGGUAAGGACUCUAGCGAAUCACAUGCCACUUCGUUUGGGUAUGUUUCCCGUGAUGCACAUUUCGAAAAAGCUGGGAACAGCCAAAGCUCCAAAUCCCUUGCAGAGGCUUCUGGGUCGAGGCCAACAGGGACAAGGAACGAUUACCAACAGCAGCUCUACUCCCAAAAGGGAGAUAUAUCAAGUGUCCUCUUGUCCAUCAUACAGAAGGUCUUGCAUGAAGCUGGGUUCAAUAUAGAAGACAGCUCCAGCGAAACAAACAAGAGCUUCAAGCAUACCCCUGCCAGCGAAUGGGAGCCUGGCAAACAGGCCGUAGCCAAACAGCUGAAUUCAGCCAUGGAGCAGUCUGACAAUAUGGAUCAGGUCAACAAGCAAUUUUUUGACCAACUGGUGGAAUCUGUGAUAAAGUUAUGUCUCUUCAUGGUCAAAGGCAGUGGCACUGAUAUAGCUCUAGGUGACUUGUCAGAGGAACCCAAUGCAUUUGGUACCUCAUCUGCAAAAGCUCAAGCAACACCCAGGAGAGCUUUCCAAUAAAAACAGAACAGAAACCCAUUUACAGGUUCGUCUUCGGGUUCUCAAGUAGUAGUGACCAACCAGAAUGCCAACAGCAGCUCACAAAACAAGCAGCUUCAGUCUAUCUCACUCAGUUCAAUGUGCCUAAUCUGUCAUUCAUGCAUGGAAAUAAGAAGGAUCUGAAGAAGCUUUCUCUGCUGGCUGAAAAGUGGCCACAAAGGGCUACAGCGUGGGGGAUAUUCUUCAGGAAGUGAUGAGGUACUUAGAAAAACAACAGUUUGAUGCCACUGUGAGAAAUGUAACUUGCUGUAGACUGAUGGUCUGGUUGAUUAAUAAUCUUUAAGGAAACGCCGACUCCCCCUGCCUCUCAACUCACUUUGACCCAGCCAAAGCACCCAAACCAGCUCUCUGCUGGCACAAACACGCACGUUUGCAAGGGACAGCUCUGCAUUGAAUUCAACAGUCUGUCAUACACAAGCUGGGUAAGAUCAUCAAUAAAAAAAAUAAAAAAA